GUGCUUUAGCAGAUCGCUACGGGUUGUCAGUUCACAUGGAUGGAGCGAGGGUGAUGAACGCCGCCGUGGCCCUCGGCGUGCCUCCGUCCUCCAUACUGCAGCACACACACACAGUCAGCGUCUGCCUCUCCAAGGGUUUGGGCUCGCCGGUGGGCACCAUGCUGGCCGGACCUCGGGACUUCAUAUCCAGAGCAGUGCGCUGCCGUAAAGCCGUAGGCGGGGGGAUGCGACAGACUGGUGUCCUUGCAGCAGCYGGAAAGCUGUCUUUGUUGGAGAUGGUAGGACGGCUUGAGGAUGAUCACCACAAUGCYAAAACCUUUGCUCUGGGUGAGUGGCUCACCAUCCCGUAUUUAAGAAAAAGAUAAAUUAAUCUGGGUGUU